AUGGGAUUCCUCGGUGUAUACACGGCUGUGUACGAUUAUCACCCCCAAGCAGAGGGGGAACUCGAGCUUCGUGAAGGAGAUUUGCUCUACUUGCUCGAGAGCAGUGCUGAAGAUGACUGGUGGAAAGCGAAGAAGAAGGCGGACAGAGAAGAUGAGGACGAACCGGAGGGUCUCGUGCCCAAUAACUAUGUUGAAGAGGCUCAACCCGUUCAUGUAGCAAAGGCGCUCUACGAUUACACACGCCAAACAGACGAAGAAGUGUCGUUUUCGGAAGAAACGGAGCUGGUUGUAUACGACACUUCAGAUCCAGACUGGACGUUAGUCGGCGUCAAUGCAGAUUACGGAUUUGCCCCCGCAAAUUACAUUGAAAUUGUGGCAGAUCACGGCGCCGCUGCCGAGACAUCAGAGCCUGCUGCUGGGUACGCUGCUGAGCCGCCAGCUCCCGCGCUUCCUCAGCGCCCGCCCGUGCCCCCGACAGCGGCAGAGCCAGAAGAAGAACCUCCUGCCCAGCCACCAAGGUCUCCUGUCGAUACGGCCCAGAAUCCAGCAGCCGCAGCCAUCGCCGAUAUUAUUCAUAAGCAGAAUGCGUCGCCUGUUGAGGAACAUGAACCUCCUACUCCUCGCGCCAUACCUCCUCCACCCCAACCGACAUAUGAGCCCGAGGAUAACUACCGCAAUGAACCGUCUCCUCCUCCCCCGAGUCUGCCGCAGCGGCCUCCGUCGCAGCAAGUCUCACCGCCGGUCCGGCAGCGUUCGCCCCCAGCAGCUCUGCCCAGCCGCCCACAGAUUGUGGCAAUCAAAGAUGACGACCAGGAGGGACAUGUGAAGGAGUCUCCCCCGUACAACCGUGUUGGACAACCCGCUCCGCGUUCCCCUUCGGGAUAUCAUAUGUACAACAUUAAUGAAAUGGUCGAGGCUAUGGGUAAAAGAAAGAAGAUGCCAACGACACUGGGUAUCAAUGUUGCUACGGGAACCAUCUUCAUCUCGCCGGAAGGAGAUGGGGAGCACCAGGAAUGGACAGCAGAGAAGCUCUCUCACUACUCAAUUGAAGGGAAGCACGUUUUCGUCGAUCUGGUUCGCCCCAGUAGAAGCAUCGACUUCCACGCCGGAGCCAAGGAUACCGCUCGUGAAAUUGUCGCUGCUCUCGGCGAGAUCUGCGGUGCCUAUCGGGCCGAGGGGUUGAAGGAAGUUAUCGCCGCUAGCACCGGUGGCGGUGGAAAUAAGAAGGGUCAAAUUUCGUACGACUUCAUGGCGCAGGGCGAUGAUGAGGUGACCGUGGCUGAGGGCGAUGAAGUCGUCAUCCUUGAUGACACGAAAUCGGAAGAGUGGUGGAUGGUACGUCGCGUGAAGAACGGCAAGGAAGGCGUUGUCCCUAGCAGCUAUAUUGAGGUUACCGGCUAUGUCUCCAAGGAGCCAACCGGAAUUGAGUCGGGGCUGUCGACCGUGGAGAAGAACCGCCUGGAAGAGUCCCGACUGGCCAAGGAAGCCCUGAGAAAUGCGCGAACCGACUCUAUUGACUCCAAGGGCUCGGAUCGUCAGAAGCGCGAAAACAAGGCUGGCAGCAGACCGAAGCCCGAUUCGAGUAAGGUGCGGCGAUGGACGGACCGUACGAAGACCUUCACUGUGGAUGCGCAGUUCAUCGGACUGCGGGAAGGGAAUAUUCACCUGCACAAAACGAACGGUAUCAAGAUUGCGGUCCCUAUCCCGAAGAUGUCGGUUGAAGAUUUGGAAUAUGUCGAAAAGGCUACCGGUGUGUCUCUGGACGAAGACAAGCCGCUCUCUGAUGUUCGUCGUCGCAGCAACUCUCGUGCGGAAGCCGAUACCAGAAAGGCCGGCGCGUCGUUCCAGCAGUCUGAUUAUGACUGGUUCGACUUCUUUUUGAAAGCGGGUGUUGGGCCUCACCAGUGCGAGAGAUACGCCCAGAACUUUAUCCGGGAUUCUAUGGACGAAAGUGUGCUUCCAGAUAUCACACCUGAGAAUCUCCGUACUCUGGGUCUUAAGGAAGGUGAUAUUCUCCGAGUGAUGCGCUACCUGGACACCACCCUUGGUCGAACCGGCUCCAAGUCCAAGGCAAGGAACGUCAGCUUUGGUGGCGAGGAGAUCAUUGGCAACGGCGAGGACGGUGGUCCGAGUGGCCUCUUCUCCGGCCCUGGUGGUGCUCUACACAACAACACUCGGAAGGGCAGACCGGCUCCAGCCGUCCAGACAGGUGAUGUUGUUGAUCCCAAGGUGUUUGAGCAGAAGGAUGGGACCAAACCACAGGAACAAGUCGAGACCUCCUCGACCCCGGCUGCAUCCGAGAAGCCUGUCGAAGGUGGAUUCGAAGAUGAUGCUUGGGAGGUCAAGCAUCCUAAACAACCUGCUACAUCUGCUCCUGCUGCUGCUACUGCUCCUGCGACAGCUGCCGCUACUUCACCAACGGCUCCCGCCACGACAUCACCGCCUCCUGCUCCAGGCCCAACGCCGCAGCAACUUACAGGCGCAUUGGCGGAUCUAUCUAUCCUUCACCCGCCUCUCCAACCCCAGCCUACGGCAGCUCCCCAGCCGCAGCCUGCGGCACCGAUUGUGCAGCCCCAACCGACUGCGCAGCCCUCGCCAGUCUCACCUCAGCAGCCACAACAAACCGGUGCCAGUCCAAACUUCUUCGCUCAAUUGGCCCAGCAACCCACUGGCCUUCAGCAGCCGUCGCGUCAACGUCCGCAGCCGCCUCAGACUGUUGGACAGAGUUCGCUUCUCCCUCCCCCUCCACCCCGGCCUCUGUCGGCACCUCAGAACUUCUCUCAGCAGCCUACUGGAUUUGGCGCAACUCCGUUGCAACCGCAGUUGACCGGUAUCCCUCAAACUGGACCACAGCUUGCCCCUCCGGGGCAGAGUCUGGCCGAACUGAGCCAGCAGCGUUUCCAGCCACAACCAACAGGCUUCCAGCCACAACCAACAGGAUUGCAGCCGCAGCCCACAGGGUUCCAGCCGCAGUCUCAAUUUGGAAUUCAACAGCAGCAGCAGUUGCAAGCUCAGCAACCGGGUCAGUUCGGGUUCCAAGCCUUGGCACCGCAACCAGCGGGCUUCGGGGGCUUCCAGCCGCAGCCGCAGCAGCCGAUGGCGACCGGCAUCAAUUCUAUGCUCCCCCCCGCAUUGCAACCUCAGCCCACUGGCUUGCAGCCUCAGCCUACUGGUCUAAGCGGUUUUGGGGGCAUGUCUUACAACACCUCUUCUCCGCCAGUGCCUCCGAUUCCACAGCAGCCCACUGCUGCGCCUUUGCAGCCGCAAAAGACCGGGCCUCCUCCCUCUGUCCGCUUCGGUGUUAAGCCCGGGGAAACCAAGAAGCUUGCUCCACAGCCUACGGGAAUGAAGGCCAAUCUUGCGCAAGCUACACCCACGAACCCGUUCGGUUUCUAA